AUGUAUUUUCUUUCUUUCUUGUGUUUUUCACUUUUCUUUCUUUCUUUCUUUCUUUCUUUCUUUCUUUCUUUCUUUCUUUCUUUCUUUUCCCCUGCAUUUUUCUUCUUCUUUGUCCGCUUUCUCUCUUUCUUUCUUUCUUUCUUUCUUUCUUUCUUUCUUUCUUUCUUUCUUUCUUUCUUUCUUUCGCUUCUCGCUGCUGCUGCUGUUUAUUUCAACUUGAUGCUGUUGAAGAUCCGAUCAUCCUACGCGCCGUAUCACGUGUUAAAAAUACCUCUCACGUAUGCCUUCCCAGAAAUACCUCCCACGUCUGCCUCCCCAGAAAUACUUCCCACGUAUGCCUCCCCAGAAAUACCUACCACGUAUGCCUCUCCAGAAAUACCCCCAAGUAUGCCUCCCCAGAAAUACCUCCCACGUCUGAUUCCCCAGAAAUACCUCCCAUAUCUGCAUCCCCAGAAAUACCUCCUACGUCUGCCUCCCAGAAAUACCUCCCACAUAAUGUCUAUCUUUUUCCUUCUAUCUGUCACUCUCUGUCUCCCUUUCUCCCUCCCUCCCUCCCCUCUCUCUCACUCUCUCUUUGGGUUUGCAUUUGCUCAUGUGUGUGCCGUGUAUUAA